AUGUCAAUCCGGGUAUUAUUACAAUGUAACAAAAAAGUCAGCAUAACCAAGGCGUUCUUUGAACGCGACGCGUCAGACGAUGAAUUCAAGGACAACUCCGAAACCUUAACACAGAAGCUACACGUAGGCAAAUUAAUGGGGCCCUCUUUUCUUCUUUUUGGAUAUAUAUUCCAAAUCCCACCUCCUCAGUACAAUAACGCAAGAAACAUGAGUUCCUCAACAGAAAAUAAUACCUGUGCUAUUUGCUUGGGUGAUGUCACAACAGGGCAAGCCAUCUUUACAGCCGAGUGCUCCCAUUUGUUCCACUUUGGCUGCAUUGGCAAUAGUGUCUCACAUGGCAAUUACAAUUGCCCUAUUUGCCGUGCCAAAUGGAAUUGUCUCCCUUUCCCUAUGCCCAACAUCAACCCUAGUGUUCCACCUUCACAAUUCCCUACUCACUUCUCCGAUGUUUCUCGAACACCGGUGCUGCCACCCACUCCAUCUGAGCCCGAGUCUCUUGUUUUCAAUGAUGAUGAGCCCUUACCCACAAUCACAACAGACCCUACCUCUUCUUCUUCUUCUUCAUUUGCUGGUCUGCAAAGUGUCAAUAUCAAGUCCAUUCCUGAACGUCCUGCGCUAGCAGCUUCUGAAUCCAUCUCUCAGUUUGCAGUUCUUGUCGGAGUGCGUGCACCUCCACUAUCAGAUAAUGCACGUCACCUUGAGCGAGCGCCUAUUGACCUUGUUAAUGUACUAGAUGUUAGUGGCAGUAUGCAUGGCUCAAAGUUACAUCUCCUGAAGCGUGCUGUUCACUUUGUCAUAGAUAACUUGGGACCUUCUGACCGACUUUCAAUAGUUUCUUUCUCAUCUGCUGCUCAGAGAGUCUUUCCCUUGCGCAGAAUGACAGGCAAUGGCCGUGAAGAUGCUAAAAGGGCUGUCGAUUCACUUCGAGCAAGUGGAAUGACUAAUAUUGUGGAAGGCCUGAAGAAGGGGGUUCGUGUUCUAGAAGAAAGGCUUCAACAGAAUCCAGUUGCAAGCAUCAUAUUCUUAUCUGAUGGAAUGGAUACUUGCUACCGUAGGUCAAUAAUUCAAAAUUCCUCAAAUCCAGGACAGAGUCCUAGACUAAAUCCCGAAUAUCUACAUCUUUUGCCUGAUUCAAUCUGUCCUAGAAGAAGAGGAAGCCAAGAUGAAAGCCAGCAGCAAAGAUUUCCAGUCCACACAUUCGGUUUUGGUACGGAUCAUGAUCCUGUUGCAAUGCAUGCCAUUUCCGAUGAAUCAGGUGGCACCUUCUCUUUCAUUGAAUCUUAUGAGAUGGUGCAAGAUGCUUUUGCAAGCUGCAUUGGUGGUCUUCUAAGCGUGGUGUGUCAAGAACUGCGAAUAACUGUGAGGUCAGCAUCAAAUGGGGUGGAAAUCAUAUCAAUUCCUUCGGGAAGAUAUGCGAGUGAAAUCUCUGAUCAAGGAUGUCAAGGUGUAAUCAAUGUUGGGGACCUGUAUGCGGAUGAGGAAAAAGAAUUUCUUGUCAACCUGUCGGUUCCAGUACUUCGAGGUGCUGAAGAUGAAGAAAAUGAGGGAAAGACAUCGAUUUUGGAUAUAGCGUGUUCUUAUAGAGAUGUCAUAUCAAAAGAGAUGGUCCGUGUAGAAGGUGACCUAGUCGAGAUACGUCGACCGAAAGUUUUGUCCCCCCAAGAUAUGGCAGUUAACUUGGAAGUAGAUCGGCAGAGAAAUCGUCUGUCAGCAGCAGAAGGCAUUGCCGAGGCUCAAAGGAUUGCAGAGACUGGAAAUCUAAGUGGUGCAAGGGCUGCACUGUCAAGAAGGAGGGCAUGUCUUCAUGUUUCAGCAGCUGGCCAAGCAGGGGAUGGUCUCAGUAACUGGCUUGAAUCCGAGCUUAAAGAAACUGAACAAAGAAUGAGAAGUCGUCAGUCGUACAACCUAGCAGGACGAGCUUAUGCACUCUCAGGAAUAAGCUCACAUGCCUAUCAAAGAGCCACAACUAGAGGGAGUGUAGUGCCGGGAGCAGAAGCACAUCGAAACUCGAGUGCUGCUGGUGAUGUCCCUACAGAUUUAGCUGCUCCUGCUGCAAAUAAUGUUAUUUUUGGAGCCUACACAACUCCCAAUAUGGCCCAUAUGGUGAAUAAGUCUAUGCAACUCAACCAGUCGAGUUCAUCGACUCCGAUCCAUGCUCCCACUCCCACUCCCACUCCCACUCCCACUCCAACUCCAACUCCAACUCCUACUCCUCCUACUCCAACUCAUGAGUAG